UUCAAAUAGGGACUGAGGCACAGGAUUCUCUCGACCAGUCGGCACCCGGUCGCGGCCGAAGACACUCGCCCGGGUAUUUUAUGAAAAAGUAUUUUGUUGAAGUUUUUUUUUAUUUUCCGUGAGAAAUGGAUGGGGUGUCGCUGAAGAAUAUUAUUUAGAAGCCCCAACAACAGGCACCAUGGGCGUAGCAUCGGACGGCUACGGAUGGCGCGCGCGCAUCGGCGCCAUGCGUGAGUCGCGGAAACUGGUGCUUGUCAUCGUUGCCAUCGCGCUUCUACUGGACAAUAUGCUGCUCACCACCGUCGUGCCCAUCAUCCCGGAGUUCCUCUACGACAUCCGCCACCCCGACGCGCCCCUCUCUAUGUCACUGGACGAGAUCACCACCCCCCCACCGCCGCCUACACCGUUCUGCCCCUGUGAGAGAAACGUCACCUACCCGCCACUGGAAAAUGUCACUCAAGUCAACAUCACAGCCGAGAAAGAGGCCAGACACCAAGAGCUGAUCCACGAAACGGUAGCAGUGGGCGUCAUGUUCGCCAGCAAGGCCCUCGUGCAACUGCUGGCCAAUCCCUUCGUCGGACCUCUAACUCACAGAAUCGGCUACAGCAUCCCCAUGUUCACCGGUUUCAUCCUGAUGUUCCUGUCUACCUUGAUCUUCGCCUUUGGCCGUUCCUAUGGUGUUCUAUUCGUGGCCAGAGCUCUCCAAGGCAUUGGUUCCUCCUGCUCCUCCGUGUCUGGCAUGGGAAUGCUGGCUGAAAGAUACCCUGAUGAUAAGGAGCGUGGCAACGCGAUGGGGAUAGCUCUCGGAGGUCUGGCGUUGGGGGUGCUCAUCGGCCCCCCAUUCGGAGGCCUGAUGUACGAGUUCGUUGGCAAAACUGCACCGUUUUUGAUGCUGUCGGCUCUAGCUUUGGGAGAUGGAUUGCUUCAACUGAUGAUCUUGCAGCCGGGUGUGGUCCGCCAAGAGUCGGACCCGCCGUCUCUGAAGGAGCUGGUCUGCGACCCUUACAUCCUCGUCGCUGCUGGAGCGAUCACGUUCGCCAACGUCGGCAUUGCAAUGCUGGAGCCCAGUCUCCCCAUCUGGAUGGCUGACACCAUGGAGGCUCGUCGCUGGCAGCAAGGAGUGGCUUUCCUGCCCGCUAGCAUCUGCUAUCUGAUUGGAACCAACCUCUUCGGACCUCUCGGCCACAAGAUGGGCCGCUGGCUGGCCGCCUGCUCUGGACUGCUCAUCAUUGGAAUCUGCCUCAUAUUGAUCCCCAUGGCCCGUAAACUGGAGCACCUCAUCAUUCCCAACGCUGGGCUGGGCUUCGCCAUCGGCAUGGUAGAUUCCUCCAUGAUGCCGGAGCUAGGUUUCCUCGUGGACAUCCGCCACGCAGCGGUCUACGGUUCCGUGUACGCCAUUGGUGAUACUGCGUUCUGCUUGGGAUAUGCUGUUGGACCUGCAUUCUCUGGAGCUCUGGUCAACAGCAUCGGCUUCGAAUGGAUGCUAGUCAUCAUUGCAAUCCUGAACUUUGCGUAUGCUCCGUUCCUUCUUCUGCUGAGAUCACCGCCAGCGAGGGAUGAGAAACAGAGCUUGAUCAUCAGCGACAAGUCAUCGGUACGCUACGUCAGCUACCAAAACGAGGAAGAAGAAUAAAGCCCGCCAAAACCGCCGCCAUCUUGGAUACCGCCGUAAUGUCAUUUUCUUUUUUAUUGUCUUUGGAGUGGUGUUGCUGUACAAAAAUAUGAGGUUUGCUUAGCAAAUAUAAUAAUAAAUAGCGACGUCUAAGGAGUGUACAACCUGCUGUAGUGUUGCCAAAAUAUAUUCAACGAUAUUAUAAUAUAUUUAUUGAUUAUGGCAAUAUAGA